GCAGUAGCAGCAGCAGCAGCAGCAGCAGUAGUAGUAGUAGUAGUAGUAAUAGCGGUGAUGUUGAACAGUCAACCGCUAGUAGUUCUACUAGCGAAAUGAUUGUUGUCCAACCAUCUUCUGGUAUUAUUCAUCCAAACAAUAUAAAGACUCAAGCAGCGUUUGUUAACAAACUCUACAAGUAAAAAAAAAAAAAUAUACAUUUUCACGAUAAAAAAACUAACCAUUUUUAGAAUGCUUGAAGAUCCAGAAACUUCAGAUCUUAUAUCUUGGUCAAGUCAUGGCGAUCUUUUUAGUGUAUCCAAUCCAACAGCAUUCUCCAAGACCGUUCUGCCGCAAUAUUUUAAGCAUAAUAACUGGCAGAGUUUUGUAAGGCAAUUAAAUAUGUAUGGCUUCCAUAAAGUGAAUGACUUGAUUCACUCUAAUCUCACAAACGAGAAUCAAACUUGGGAAUUCAAGCAUCCAAACUUCCGGAGAGGCGCUGUGAAUGACCUGCAACAUAUCAAGCGAAAAAGCGCAAAGACAAGUCAGCUGCAUCUGCAGCAACUUCAACAGCAAAGACAACAAGAGCAAUUUCAACAGACUCAAAAGCAUGGUCAACAGCAGGCCCAGACCCAGGCUCAGUCACAACAAAGACAACACACCCAGUCACAGCCAAAACAAGAGCAAAAACAGCUACAGGAAGUGCAUCCACAGCAACAACAACAGCAACAUCAGCAUAGUACAAAUGAAAAGCCUGCAUUUAAAAAAGAAACUGAUUUGGCGCAAGACCUGAGUGAUCCGGUCAUCAAACAUAUCUUAAGAAUCGAAGAUCAUUUGCUUGGUGUUACCAAAUCUUGUGAACAACUUUUCAACGAGGUGGUCCAUCUGAGGAUGGUUGUCUCUAAACAGCAAAAUGCAAUGCAAGACCUGGUAGAUGUUGUCUCUUCCUCAGCAAAAGCAAAUAAUUGUGGAUGCGGAAGCAGUAACAACAACAGUAUCAGUAAUAAUAAACAAGAACUUCUUGAUGGUAACUCAUCAAAGUGUACUAUCAUUUGAUUCACUCACGCUUAGACAUUGUAGCGGAAAACUUGCGAAUACAAGUCUCUAAACUAAAAGAGAGUCAGAAUAUGAACAACAUUAGCCAUAAUUACAAUAAUCAGUUCAAUAGCAAUAAUACCAACAGUGGAGCGUUUAGACACAACAAUAACAAUGGCAAUUGGUCACCUGUUGCAUCUAAU